AUGUCUACCUCACCUCCCUUUUCUGUUACGGUUCACCCGUACAAGUCCCGCGUUCACGGCGCGUCUGCCUACGAACUAGGCCCGACCACGGCCAAGAACGCCAUCCUCUUCAUUGGCGGCUUAUUCGACGGUCCUCAUACCGUGUCGUAUACUCGAACCGUGGCCAAGUUUGUGGAGGAGGCCAAGGACUUGGACUAUUCCAUUUUCGAAAUCCGGAUGCGAAGCUCCUUUAUCGGAUUUGGCACGUCAAGCUUGAAGAAGGAUGUCGAGGACAUUUCAGCGCUCGUCACGUAUCUCCGCUCCAUUGGCCGCGAAAAGAUUGUGCUGUUUGGCCACUCUACAGGAUGCCAGGAUUGCAUGGAAUAUGCCGACUACGAGAAGCACGGCAACAGCCCUGUAGAUGGCUUCAUCAUCCAGGCGCCUGUUUCGGACCGCGAGGCGCUCAGGAAGGAUUUUCCCAACUUUGACGAGCUUUUGGCCGUUUCUGAAAAGAUGAUUGCAGACGGGCAGGAAAACGAAUACGUGUCUGCGAAGCUGAUGCCACGAGGUUUCGACGUACCCAUUACUGCCUACCGACUGCACUCAUUGAUUGCAAAAGGCGGCGACGAUGACUUUUUUUCAUCAGAUUUUGACGAGGUGACUCGCAAAAAGCUCUGGGGCAGAUUCACCAAGCCGGUGCUGGUGCUUCACUCUGAGGAGGACGAGUAUGUCCCGGUUCACGUGAAUCAGGAUGCCCUGCGCAAACUGUACCGUGAGGCGAGCCCUCAGGUCAGUCCGUUGUCCGGGUCGAUUCCGGAUGCUAGCCAUACUGUUCAGAACGCCAAUGGGCGUGAAUGGCUCGCCAAGACUGUGGUCAAGUUCUUGCAGUCGCUGCAGUGA